AUGGAGAGAGUGAGAGCUGGUGAGCAAGAAGAAGAAAGCAAUAAUUUCAGGAUGUUCCAUAUCGAGAGCAUGAAGGAUCAAAACUCAUCUUCACGGCAAAUCAAGAAAUGGAACUCUGAUUAUGCCUUGAGACUUGAAGAUCCAGACAUUGAUGAUGAAACUGUUUUCAAGAAAACUGCAGCCUUGAGCUUCCUCCCAAUAUUACCGUCUCUGGUUAAGGACAAGACGCCUCAGACGUCUGAAGCAACCGACGAAGAGUUAGAGGAAGAAGCAGAAAAGGAACAAAUGAAAGAAAGGUUUGCAAAACUUCUUCUAGGAGAAGACAUGUCAGGAGGAGGCAAAGGUGUUUCAUCAGCAUUGGCAUUAUCAAACGCAAUCACAAAUCUUUCGGCUUCUGCGUUUGGAGAGCAACGGCGUUUAGAGCCCAUCUCUGAUGAUAGAAAAGAACGGUGGAGAAAAGAAAUCGGAUGGCUUAUCUCUGUUACUGAUCAUAUAGUUGAGUUCUCUCCAACACAACAAACAAACAAAGAUGGUUCUUCAAUAGAGGUGAUGACUACGAGACAGAGAAGAGAUCUUAUCUCCAACAUCCCUGCUCUUAAGAAACUCGAUCUGAUGCUCACUGAUUGUCUUGAUCGUUUUAAGGAUCAGGAUGAGUUUUAUUACAUCACAACCGAUUCUCCUGAGUCUUUAACUAGUAACUCGACCAGGAAUGAUGAUAAAUGGUGGCUUCCAACAGUGAAAGUUCCACCAGCAGGCUUAUCUGAAACGUCCAAAACGUUUCUACUGAGUCAGAAAGAGUGUGUGAGCCAAGUGCUUGAUUCAGCAAUGGCCAUAAACGCUGAAGUCUUGUCUCAAAUGGAGAUCCCUGAGAGCUACAUCGACUCGCUUCCUAAGAAAGGGAGAGCUAGUCUUGGAGACACAAUCUACAGAAUGUUAACUUUAGACAUGUUUGAUGCAGAGCAGUUCCUUCUUGAGAUGGAUUUAUCAUCUGAGCACAAGAUACUCGAACUAAAGAACAAAAUCGAAGCUUCGGUUGUGAUAUGGAAGAGAAAGAUAGUGCAGAAAGACAACAAGUCGUCGUCUCCAUUUAGUACCAAUCUGAGUAUGGAGAAGAGACAAUUACUAGAAGAAAGAGCAGGAACCAUCUUGUUUCUUCUCAAACAAGUUUUCCCAGUGAUCUCUCAAUCCACACUUGACAUCAGCAAGAUACAAUUCAACAAAGAUAUAGGGUUGGCUAUAGUGGAGAGUUAUUCAAGAGUUCUUGAAAGCUUGGCGCACACGGUACUUUCAAGAAUAGAAGAUGUUCUUGAAGCUGAUCAGGUAACACAGGACCCUGAUGUCGCGGUUUGUAAGAGAGAUAUAGUGAAGGAAACAGAGAGUCCUCGGAAGGAAGAAGAAAAGGACUUUUGUCUUUUGGAGGAGAGACCUAAAAAGAGCAAAUCGGCCAUUUCACUUUCACAGGUAAUGCAAUGGAACAUGGAAGACCAUGAGCAACCGAAGAAAGAAAAGAACGAAACACCAUUCAAAGAUUCAAGCAAGAAACUGUUGACCAGAGUGUCAAGCAUGAUCAACAAGAAGACUAGUUCUUAUCUUGAAUCUCUUGGAACAACAAAAAGUCCAAGAGUAGGGAGAUACUCUUGAGAAAAUAAUAUUUCUUUUGUUAACUAGGGAAAGAAUAACGUUUUUAAUGUAAGAAAAAAAGCAG